GUUGAUAUCACUACCCAAAUUUUUUAAAGCAGGAGAUCAUUCCAUAUUCAAUGAUAUAUUGAGGAGAGAAAAAAUCGCUGCUGAUAUUUCUCCACCUAAUAAUCAACUACCUGACAUAUUGAAGAAAAAAACAACUUUAAAAUAUAACGAGUUGAACUUUAACAAAAUUCCUGAGGAAAAAGUAAUUCCUCCACAUUUACCAUUCGCAAGGGAAUUUUCGUCUACUUCUCAUUCAACUGGAGGAACUCCAAAACAAACUAUUAGGACUACUGAAACCGAAAAUUACGAAAAAUUUAGUGGAAAGUCUCGUUCAAUCAACGUUUUUGAGGAACAUCUGCCUCAAGAAGAUGAGAAUCCAAUAGGAUCUGACAGACCCACAGAAGUCCAAGUGCCAAAUAAACAGUCCACAACUUUGAUACCUCAGUCAAACAGUACAUUCGAAGGAACAACAGCGAAAUUGGCACAAGAAGACUAUAAUUCAGAAGUCAGUGAGCUUUCCGAUCUGCCAAUACCAAAUAAAUCAUGUAUCACAGAUCCUGCUGAACCAGAAAGUCCCAAGGAAGAUGAUUCUACUCCAUUCAUACAUAAAUUUAUUGAUACAUUCAAAGACAUAUUCGGGACUAUACUGCAGGCAGGUGACACUAAAUCGUUACCUGAUGACACUGUGUGUGGUAGACCCUCAGUACUGUCCUCACAAAUAAAGCUGUCCUCUGCGGAUCAAACUAUGGAAAAUAAUUUACCUAAUCCAAUAUCACAGUUAACUGAUUUAUUAUCGAUAAUAUCAGAAGAAGACGAAGAAAAUGAAGGAUCUGGUACAACCACAGAAUUGACAACACAAAGUAAUCUAACAGAUGAGUUUGGAUUAUUUGAAAACUACCCCAAUUGGGAAAAAAGUGUUGAAACUUCAAUGCAGCAAUUGGUAGACAUGUUCAACAAACAAGUUAGUGAGAUUGAGAAAGAACACCAGAAUCCAAUACCGAACGAAUUUGAAGAGCAAUUCAUAAAUAAAUUCAAAGAAAAAUAUGUAAAACCGUCAAAGGAAAAAGAUAAUUCAAAACUCCCAAAACUCCUUCAUAUCCACGAGCCUUUCAAAUUGUCACCAUUGAGUAGUUCACAUUCCUUGAGUCAAAUAGAGGGAGGUUUCACGGUACAAAUAACUCCACUGCAAGAUUCAAGAACUACUAAUACCAAUCAUCAGAAAGAAGGUCGAAGCGAAGGGGGAAUACCAACACAAAUAAUGCACAAAUAUGCGGACUUUAGUAUAACUUCUCAAAAGCCUCUGUUGGUUGACAGAUUCAAAGAAACCACGAAUAACAAUGUUAUAGGUUCCACCGGUUCCCCGAAAUUGCCGCCUGCAUCUGGUAGGCCACCUUUUGCAGGCCUAACUGGCGGAGGACCUCCUCAACAACUAAUUCCUUCAGGAAAACCAUGGCCUGCUCGUCCUGAAGAUUAUGCGGACUUCAGUAUAACUUCUCAAAAGCCACAGUUGGUUGACAGAUUCAAAGAGACAACGAACAAGGAUAAAUCUUCUAAUUCAACCGCCAAUGAUGUUAUGGGUUCUAGUGGUUCCUCGAAAUUGCCUUCUGCAUCUGGUAGGCCUCCUUUUGCAGGCCUAACUGGCGGAGGACCUCCCCAACAACUAAUUCCCUCUGGAAAACCAUGGCCUGCUCGUCCUGAAGAUUAUGCGGACUUCAGUAUAACUUCUCAAAAGCCACAGUUGGUUGACAGAUUCAAAGAGACAACGAACAAGGAUAAAUCUUCUAAUUCAACCUCCAAUGAUGUUAUGGGUCUAAGUGGUCCCCCGAAAUUGCCUUCUGCAUCUGGUAGGCCACCUUUUGCAGGCCUAACUGGCGGAGGACCUCCUCAACAACAAAUUCCCUCUGGAAAACCAUGGCCUGCUCGUCCUGAAGAUUAUGCGGACUUCAGUAUAACUUCUCAAAAGCCUCAGUUGAUUGACAGAUUGAAAGAGACAACGAACAAGGAUAAAUCUUCUAAUUCAACCGCCAAUGAUGUUAUGGGUCUAAGUGGUCCCCCGAAAUUGCCUUCUGCAUCUGAUAGGCCUCCUUUUGCAGGCCUAACUGGUGGAGGACCUCCUCAACAACUAAUUCCUUCAGGAAAACCAUGGCCUGCUCGUCCCGAAGAUUAUGCGGACUUCAGUAUAACUUCUCAAAAGCCUCAGUUGAUUGACAGAUUCAAAGAGACAACGAACAAGGAUAAAUUUUCUAAUUCAAUGGCCAAUGCUGUUAUGGGUCUAAGUGGUUCCCCGAAAUUGCCUUCUGCAUCUGGUAGGCCACCUUUUGCAGGCUUAACUGGCGGAGGACCUCCUCAACAACAAAUUCCCUCUGGAAAACCAUGGCCUGCUCGUCCUGAAGAUUAUAACCUCCUUCAGCCUUGGAAUUUAUAA